AUGAAACGAUCAGAUUCAGAAGAAUCUCUUUCGCCUCCAAGUCGAGCUGAUGAUCGUUUUUUUGUUUUGGCUUCUGUGAUAUUACCAUUUCUUGCUGAAGGAGCUUAUCUAUUUGAUGUUUUUCAUUAUCAUAUGCAUGGUACAUCCGCUAAUGGUUAUGAAGGUUUACUUUCAUCAGUUUUAAGUGUUUUUAUCUAUUUACAAUAUAGUGCACCACUUCGAUCACGUUAUGUACGUUUUUCUUAUCAUUUAAGUUUAUGGAUAUUAUCUGAAGUUGGAAAUUUUGCACAUAUUAUAUAUUCUACUAAAACAAAUAAUGUAUUACAUAUAGUUGUUUAUACUAUAUGGGCAAUAAUAGAUACAAUCUAUUUUAUUUGUCUUAUUUGUUGUCGAGUAUUUUAUAAACAUCGUGGUCUUCAUGUUCAUGUGCCACUUGAACAAGAACAUUUAUUUAAUUUCAUAUCACGUUUAGAAGUUAUUCUUGCUUUAUUUAUUCCGGUAUUUUUUGAUACACAUCUUGUAACAUUAACAAGAGAUAAUAUUGCUUUUUAUAUAUUAUUUGAUUUCUUUGCUGAAUCAUAUCAACGUUUUCGUGGUAUAGCUAUUAAAUCAACAUUAUAUAUAUUUGUUGUUAUAGUAACAGUGUCUGUUGCAACAGAAUGGUUACAUAUUGCAAAACAUGAAUAUAAAUUUGAAAUAGCAUCAAUAAUAAGUGAAAUUAUUGCUGCCUGUUUUUGUUAUGCUUUUAUUGUUAUGCAAUUUUUUCCGGGUAAUUUUAUUCGUAGAAAAAAUCGAAAAUAUCGUCAUAGAGCAAGAACAUUAUCAACAGUAUCAUCAAAUACAACAUCACGUCCCUCUGCUAGUGGUACGAAUUACAUGAUUUUUAAUGAUAUUGAUUCCAACAGGCGUAUUUCAUAUUUUUAA